AUGGCGAAGCCAGGGCUGAAGCGACCAGCAAAGGCCAAGGUCAAGGCCAAGCCAAAGCCAACGCCAGGGCCCAAAGCGACGAAGCGCCCUGCAAAGGCGGAGCAAGGCGCCAAGAAUCCGAAAGCGCCCAGCUUGAGAGGCGUGGUCUCGAGCCUUUCGAAGGCAAUUGACCUGAAGUCCCGCUCGCUCAAGGUGCUCUACCUGCUGAGAGGUGCCCCAGGCUGCGGCAAGAGCAGCGUGGCGCGGCUGUUGCUGCAGAAGCAUCUGAAAGCCCAGGGCGUCAGCUGGAACGCCUCCUCAGCAGGAGAGCCGCGCACUCGCCCAUUUGCCGCGCCUUCAUUUGCUCUACGGAUGACUACUUCACCAUCGUAG